AUGUUAAAGGACAACAGUGGAUUCGGAGAGUCGACAAGCCAGAAGAUUAUGACAAAGUUCUUGAAAGACGGUCGCAAUCGUAUUGACCAAAGUCAACACUCAGCGAGAGUCAAACCAAGGAUUCUUCUUCAAGUCUUCAACUGCGAAAAUCCAAGGACCUUCGCAAUGGAAGUCAUCAUUUCAACAUCAAGCCAGAAGCCUGAAAUCGGAAGAUGUCACACAAAGAUGAAGAAGGAGAGACAAGCUCAACUGAAGUUGAGUGAAACAACAUCAACCUGGACACCAGCCGACUCUGACACUACUUCACGAUGUCAUCACAAGCGGAUUCGAAAUCGUCAACGUCAGGCAGCGUCAUCAGCCGGAAAGUCUGACAACGACGACAAGGGAUUUAAUUCUUGUUUGUGUACGAUAUUGAAAGAACCAGCGCAAGGAUUCAAGACGAUAGUCAAAGGAUCGAAGAAAACAAGGAUCUUCAGUCAAGAAGUACAAGCAGUCGGAACUCAGCGGAUGUUGAGGUUUCGAAAGACAAGGAGAAAUCUGCAAGAAGGUUCGAGAGCAAUCGAAGGACCAGCUCAGCAGAUCAGUCAGUCAAACCGGACACCAUCAGGACAUUCUUAA